AUGAAACUCUUCGAGCGCAUAACUGAUUACAGAAUCCGGCAGGAGUGUACAGUGUCGGAUUUCCAGUACGGUUUCCAACCGGGACGUGGUACCAUGGACCCUAUUUUCGCCCUUAGGAUUCUUAUGGAGAAACACAGGGAAAAGAAUAUGCCUCUUCAUUUCCUAUUUCUGGAUUUGCAGAAGGCCUUUGACUGUGUUCCCAGAGAGAUAAUCUGGUGGGCGUUGAGGUCCAAGAUGGUGCCAAAUACCUAUGUGGAAAUCGUACGAGACAUGUACCACAACUCCGAUGCUAUAGUCAGGACCGCUGUUGGUGACACCACACCCUUCCCUUCCCUAUUACUGUAG